UCUCUCUCUCUCUCUCUCUAACGCCAUCUACCACUCUAUACAAGAACCCAUUCCCUCCCUCACCGCCUCCACUCUUGCUUCUAUUAACCUAAAAAGCCCUUCUCUUUCUCUCUCUAAAAGCUUCCUCUUUUCUCUCUCUACUUCUCUCUCUGUUUCUCUCUGUUUUCGUUUCUCAACAUUGAGCAGAAGAGUGUUUUCUCUUGUUCAUUCAAGCUGGCGAUCGAAAAUCAGGACACCACUGUUAGGGAAAUCAAGCCCAAGAGCAGGAGAAUCAUGGGUGCUGGAGGUCCUGAUGAGGAGGACAACAGGUGGCCGCCAUGGCUGAAGCCUCUGCUGAAAGAGAGCUUCUUUGUUCAAUGCAAGCAACAUGCCGAUUCUCACAAGAGUGAAUGCAACAUGUACUGCUUGGAUUGCAUGAACGGUCCUCUCUGCUCUCUCUGCCUCUCCUACCACAAAGACCACCGUGCUAUUCAGAUAAGGAGGUCCUCAUACCAUGAUGUGAUUAGGGUCAAUGAGAUUCAGAAGCAUCUGGACAUCAAUGGAGUCCAAACCUACAUUAUCAACAGUGCAAAAGUUGUUUUUCUGAAUGAGAGGCCUCAGCCUAGGCCUGGCAAAGGAGUCACAAAUACCUGUGAAGUCUGUGAACGCAGCCUCCUAGAUUCCUUCAGAUUCUGCUCUCUUGGUUGCAAGAUUGUGGGGACAUCUAACAAUCCCCAGAAGAUGAAGCAUUCAAAGGCAAUGGGGUCUUCUGAUUCAGAGGACUCGUACAGCAGCAGCAGCCAUGGAAGAUCCAAAAGCAGCAACAAGGUCCAGAGCUUCACACCCUCAACACCACCCCCAACUUCUGCUAAUUACAGAACGGCCAAGAGGAGGAAGGGCAUUCCCCACAGAGCACCUAUGGGAGGACUAAUUAUAGAAUAUUAAGAUGAAGCCCUGUAUUUGUAGUUUAUUACCCUAAUGCCCCAGUUAUACAAAGUAGUUUUCACAAUGCCCCUCCAAUUACCAGAGCUUUUUCACCAAAAGGCCUUGUUUGGAGCCAAAAAAAAAAAAAAAAAAAACUACCCCACUUAGCUUUCUAGUAUUGUACAUAGAAGCCGAGCCAAUAUAGGAAAAAGAAGUGCAAAUGUUGGGAAAGUUGGACAAUAAGACGAGCAAGGUUGAAGGACUGGGAAACUGGACGGUGGACAGUCAGAGGACCAAGAUGCAAAAAGAAGGGAGAAAAUAAGUCUUUUUUUACUGUUUUAUAGUUUUACUAGUCUCUGGAAAAUAUAGGAUGGUUGUUAGGGUUUGUGAUUAUACAUAAGUUUUGGAUGAAGAUGUAAAUAGUGGGUUUUUAUUUAGAGAGGGUUUAGGGAGGUAGGAAAAGUCAAUGUACUCCUUUGAAGGUAAGGGGAUGUUAUAUAUGGAAAGUGAAAUAAUAGAUUUUAUAAUUUGUAUUUU